AUGGCUUCGAGACCCGACUUGGACGAUGAAGACUUGACCUUCCACUGCUGCGCGCCUCUUCGUCCCUCCGAGUUACUGAGACCCAUCGAUGCCGGCGACCUGGGCGGCUCAGGUCACGCAGGGAGGUCAACCUUCCUCGCCUGGCCCAUCUUUGGCCCGCUCCUCUUCCAAAACGAGACCAGCGACGCGCGCGACCACUGCGCGAAUGAGAGGACAUUCCUCAGCUACCUGCGCCUCUCAGUCUACAUGUCCAUCGUCGCCGUCGCAAUCGUCCUCUCCUUUCACCUGAAAUCCGAGCCCAGCCAGCUCGAGCUGCGCAUGGCCAAACCCCUCGGCAUCAUCUUCUGGAUCCUAGCCGUCGCGUGUCUGUGUCUCGGCAUUGGGAACUACAUUAAAACUGUAAACAAGUAUAGUCGCAAAGCUGCCAUUGUGCAGACAGGAUGGAGGACGCAGCUCGUCCUCGCCGUGGUGGCUCUCAGCAUCGUCGGCACAUGCGUCGUCUUACUCGUCGUCACAAAGAUCUCUGCCAACUCCCAAAACUCUUCCAAUACCACAGCAGCAGCUUAUGCCAUCGGACCCGUUUUGAAAUAA